AUUUGACGUUUCAUUGAUGAUUCAGAUUUUGCGUUGUCAGUUUUCAACAAUAUUGUUUUAGCAAUUCCGCUACUGCAUUGUUUCAUUGUGUAUAUUAUUUACUUGAAAACUAAUGUAGAGUAAAGUUUUGAAAAUGCUUGGUAAUUUCGAAAACGUUGGUUCGUUCAUACGUAGCUGUAAUGGAACGACAUUAAAAUACGACCAAGCUUGUUUGGAGAUCAAAACAAAUGAAUCGGUUACAUUUUGGAGCCAGUAUGAAGAAUGCGAGGAUUGCAUGUUAUUGGAGACGGCAAGAAUACCAACUUCGCGAGCUUUGAUAUUGAAUACCGUGAGUCCCCUCCGAUAUGCAAUUAAAAAUGGAAACGGAGAGAUUUGCAGUGGAACAUAUGAAUUCGGGGAGUACGGGCAGUACAGUAUCAACGUGACCGAGGUAACGAAAGACGAAUGCCUACCGCGUAUGACAGCGGAGCCCGACGCGGCCUACCUACCGAUACUGACCGCGGUGGUGGUGCUGCUGUCUAUGGCGACACUUUGGUAUAUUGUCAAGGGUAUCGGCAAGCGUAUUGUAGCUGGAAGGCUAUAUAGCAGAUACUUUGCAAGAGAAGACAACGAGUUGGGAUCGGAGACUCGCGUGCUGACGACCGAAGCGAGCGUGCCUCGGUCACCGACCCGCUCCCGUUUGCGGUCACUCGAUAUCUUCAGAGGAUUCUCUAUUGCACUAAUGAUCUUCGUCAACGCCGGUGGUGGUGGCUACAGUGUAUUCUCCCAUUCAACAUGGAACGGUCUGACGGUAGCCGAUGUUGUGUUCCCGUGGUUCGCGUUCGCGAUGGGUGAAGCCCUGGUACUGUCUCUCAAUGCUAGACUUAGGACUUCGAUGCCGAGAAUGACAGCUUUUGGACAGGUGGCGCGGCGGUCGCUGCUGCUGUCGCUGACGGGCAUAUGCCUGAGCUCGGUGGGCGUGUCGUGGGGGGGCGUGCGGCUGCCGGGCGUGCUGCAGCGCCUCGCCGCCAUGUACCUCGUCGUAGGCGCGCUCGAGUGCGCCUUCAUGAGGACCAGCCAGAACAUCACGCCUGGUCGUUCACUUUUCCGCGACAUCGCCGCAGGCUGGCAGCAGUGGCUAGCGACUAUACUCAUCGUCGCUGUACAGGUGUGCAUAACAUUAUCCGUGGCUGCACCGGGCUGUCCCAAGGGUUACUCUGGUCCCGGUGGACUCCAUCGUACAGCUUUGGGAGAUUUCUCAUUGCAGAACUGUACUGCUGGCAUAGCUGGAUAUAUUGACAGAAUAAUCCUCGGUCCAUCUCAUCUUCUUAGCCGUGGUACAUACUCGAAGAUCUACCGGACCGUGGUACCUCACGACCCUGAAGGCAUCUUAGGUAUCUUUUCCGGUAUACUGGUAGUGCAGGCUGGAGCUCAUACGACUCGGAUCAUGCUGGCUUACAAUCAUGCCAGAGCUCGUAUUAUGCGCUGGGUGUUCUGGUCUGUGGUGUUCGGCGUGUCUGGUGGAGCUCUCUGCAUGUUCUCCAAGAACGGCGGCGUCAUACCCAUCAACAAGAACCUGUGGUCCGUCUCCUACUGCCUAGUGACAGCAUCGAUGGCGUUCUUCAUCCAAGCCGUGCUUUACUUCCUUGUGGAUUUGAAGACUAAAUGGGGAGGAAGACCACUGUACUAUGCAGGACAAAACGCGCUGUUUCUCUACGUGGGCAGCGAGCUGCUGAAGCGCCACUUCCCGCUGUACGUGCGCGUGGCGGCGCCGUCGCACGCGCAGCUGCUCGCCACGCACGCCGCCGCCAUGCUCAUAUGGCUCGCCGUCGCCGUCGCGCUGCACCGGAAGCGGAUCUUCAUCACCCUCUAGUAACGCUUUGUAUGCUGUAAAAUCACUUAGAUAACGCUAGUCGACUCUGCGUAGCGAUCUUUGUACCCUCUAAUAGUGUUCAUUAUAGUCUCACUCUCGUUUGUUAUACUUGACGAAAUAUCGCCUUUAUUAACUAAUAAAUAAGCCCCAUAUUGCAGUAGCGUCAUUCGGUUAUUGUCUGUUAAUAUUGUUGCAUAGCAACUAUGUUAUUAAUAUUGUCUUAUAAUGUACAAUUCAUUCGUUUAUUGCUGUUAUAAUUCAUUCAUUCAUUCGCUAACAACUAAGACUCUUACUCUGCGCUAACGUUUUGUAUCUAAUCCCAUUUAUAUGACCUUGUAAUAAGUUUAUUUUUUGCCAUUAGUUGCGAAGAAAAAACGCCUUAGUUUUAUUAAGAUUAAUCUCUAUGUGGAAAGUGGACCUUAUGCUUAUUACAAUAAAGUUCAGUUUAACCACGGCAUCGAAUUACAUUAUGAACAAAUAACCAACGUCGAUUAUUUUAUUGUUAUUGUCAGUAUACAGCAAAAUACUCUUUACUCAUUUGUAAUGUUUGUUUUUGGCACUUUGCGAAGAAAUUACUUGUUAUUAGGAUUUGACAUAUGGAGAUGGCGUCUGGUGGCCUUAAUAGGAACUAAUUGAAUACAAAUAAUUAUUAACAAUUUAACAAUAGAAAGGAAGUUUCAUUGUUUUAACACUGUAUUAUGCAUAACAGACAUACAAUAAAAUUUCAAAAAAGCUAAAAAUAAAGUAAUUCUUAUUCCUUAGAGCUUUCUUUCAGCGCACAUAUUUUCAUUAAUUUCAAGUUGUUUAUUUCAUCAUUUCUUGUAGUAUAUUUUCUACGUAUUACAACGAGGCUCGCCUUGUAUAAAAUUCGGAUAUCUCUUAUCAACAUUCAAUAGCAAAUUUUAUUAAUCAUCAAAGUGUUCUACAUGUGUCAGCUGUUUUUAUUAGACAAAUAUGUCAGUCAGGUAACAAGUGUAAGCAUUUAAUACUUCAGGGCCAUGAAUUGGUAAAUGAACUUUAAAAUCUCAAAAUAACAUAUCUUGCAUAUUUAUUUGCAAUUUAAAGGAAUUACGCUUCUAUAACCUACGUUUAAGGCUUGAUUUACAAUAACAAGAUAUUUUAAAUAAAUAAACGUUUUCAAUUAUAAAAAUCAAUAUUGCAUUAAAAUGUUUAUCGACUUGUAUAUUAUGAUUACAAUUGAAAUUUAUAUUAACAUACAUGGAAAUGGGAAUUUGAGAUGGAGCUUGUUGCUUGAAAAUUGAUAUAAUACAAAUAUUAUCUAUACAUAAGUAGGCAGAGACAAAACAGUUCAUGGAGUUGUCAACCGUUUUUUUUUUAUUGAUUGGAAGCUAUUGGCAAGCUUCAAUGUUACCUUAUAAACCCAUCUCAAAUUUCCAACUUUAUAUAAUAUUAUAAUCUUAUUAUGUUUAAAAAUUCUUUUUUUUUUGUCUUAUACUGUUUACUAAUAAAAAAAUUAACAUUAAAAAUAUAUACAUUUUGAUUAUUUUAAAAUUAAAAUGGUGUUUAAAUAGAUUAGUUUUAUUUGAUAUAAUUGAAUCUUCAAAAAAUAAUAACUAAUAAUUGAAUAACCUAGAUCUUAGUUCAUUAAUCUGAUUAAAAAAAAAAAAGAUAAUUUUGACGUUUCUUUGUUUGAGUUUUAUUUAAAGUCGAUUAUUGAUAUUAAGUACAAGUAGUGGAUUUGGUGCUAACAUGUAAAACAAUGUUGUCUUAUAAUAUAUAUAAGAAAAUUAUAAACAAGAAUAUCAUAACUUUAAAUAGCAAAAUUAUACAUUUUUAUUACUAUUAUUAUAUAAGUACAUUUUGUUAUUAUUAUAUUAAAUUAGUUAGAAAAGCACUUAACGGAGUUUCAUAAUGUCAUAGACUAAAUAAAUAGUUAAGUGUAAGUCAGUCUAAGCUUAUGUGGCUUCCAUUUUUUGUAGCCAUGUAAGUUUUCUUUUUCAUACAACUCGAGCAAAUCAAUUAUAUCAUAUUUUUCAUGAAAAAAUAAGUUUAAAAUACAUGUAAAAUCUUACGGCGUUUUUAAAUGACAUAUUUAUCAGAAUAUUCAGAACGUAGUCUAAGAAUUAAUGCGUGCGUUAUUGUAUAGUUGGUUUUUUUUUGAGUUGUAACGACGUAAGUUUUUGACUUUGGAAUUAUAUUGAACGGAUGUGAACCGGGUUCUUACUUUAAGGAAAGUUCGAAAUAUAAGCUAUUUGGAAUAAUAUUAAAAAAGAUGUGAUUGAGUGAGAUGACAUUGUCAAAAUAAAAAAUAUAUUGGAUUAAUCGUGUUACAAUCCUUUUUUAAAGUAUUAUAUUCACAACUGUUGUCAUGUUUUUUGUCAAUAUGUAUAUUUACUUGUUUACUGUAAACAUAAAUUGAGGUAGUUUUAACCAAACCAAAUGUCACAUGAAAAAUUGAGCUGUAGUCAGAUAAUCAAAUAUUACAAUUAGUAAAAUUAAAUCUGAUAUUACUGAGUAAUCUGAAUAUGUAUAAUGUAACUUUAAAUUAUAUAAAUAUGAAAUAGAAUAUGAUGAUAAGUGAUUAGUUUUUUUUUUUAAUUGGCAACAUUUUAAGCAAUAAAUGUCAGCAAAUUUUAUUUCUUUAUGUUUUCGACGACGUAUAUUAACUUGUAAUUAACAAAUAUUGCUUGUGUAGAAACACUUAGUUGUUACUUUAGUAUAAUAUAUUUCGAAAAUUUUGUUAUAUACCGUAUUAUAUAAUUAUAAUUGCAUAUUAAUUGAAGAUUAUAUAAAAACUAUGUGUAAAUUAAAUUUUUCAACUCUUCAAAUCAUUAAUAUUAAUCUGAAAUCAAUAUCUUUUGAGGUCACUAGAUGUCACUACUAUUUGUCAGAUCCCAUUAUUAAUACUCAUAUACAAAACAUCUUAUAUAGUUUGUUUUUUUUUAAAUAUCUUCAAUAUGCAUAUACCUCAAAUGUAAGUCUCGCAGUCUUUAUUAAUUAAAUAAAACUUGUUAUUAUGUUAUUAAUCCAUCAAUAUUUUGACAAUUAAAUUAGAUUAAUGGGCAAUUUUCACAUUUUCGUCUGUGUGGAUGUAAGAUAAUGAAAAGGCUGUGAAAAUGUAUAAAUUUUAAAAUUAUCAGAAAUAAUUUAACAGUUAUCGAAAAAACAUAAUUGGCUUCUGUUAUAUGGCAGAGAUCAUUGAUACUUCAGAAUUAUUAAUAAUAUGAUAUUUUGACUAAUAUAAAAAUAUUUUUUUUUAAAUUCUUUUUUGUUGUGUGUGAUUAAUAUAUUAAUGUGACAGUUGGUUUGAAUGACUGUCCCUACGUCAUGCUCAAAAGUCUAGACAGAUUUUAAUUAAAUCAUGGUAUAGAAGUUGUUUAUGUCAUACCACUUUAACUACCGACCGUUAGUUGGGACGAUCGUUUUAGUUUUUGUGUUUAUUAACAAAAUAACAUACAAAUUAUUUCCAUAUAAUUUACAUAAAAAGAUACUUUGUUCUAUUAUUAUUGCCAUGGUAACUAUUGUAAAGUACUUUAAAAGUAUUUAAGUCUUUAAGUAUUUAAGAAAAUUGGCAACAUUCUAAUGUAGGACUCUCAAAUUGGAUCUUAAAAUGUUACCAUUUCAAAAAUAAGAUUAACGUCAAGUGUUAUAACACUUCAUUCAUUCAAAAUGAAAAAUGUUAUGUGAUUGAGGAAUAUUUUUUUAAAUAAAUUUAUCUGGUCUUACUCCCAAUAACACGUAUAUAACGUGGAAGUUGCCUGUGUAGUGCUCGUUAGUUAAUAAUUAUCUAAAAUGCUUCUAUUUUGUAAUGUAAACUUCUCAUAUUUAAAAUCUUAGUAGUAACUUUUCAAUAUAUAAGAUUAUAUUUAUAUUUUAAAAUAAAAGAGUAUGU